CAACAACUUCAGGUGCUUAUCAAAAACCUAAGUGCGGCAGGCAUUCUACAUGCAGAUGAGAUGGUUCAAUUUUUUCAACGGAUUCAAGGACCUAAGCCGUCAGUGAUAAAGCUGAAAGUGAUAGCUUAUGUCAUUGCACCGGAACUUGUCGUAAAACGAGACGGGACAAUUGCGACCAGGCGUUCACUUCUGAUCGAGGUUUUCGAGGGACAAAUCGAGGCUCCAGAGGGUUUGAUUAAAAGCGUUAUGAUAAGUCCCGAAAUCGAUAUCCAAAUUGGAGGUAGAACUGCGACGAAAAGAGGCGUCGUCUCUCAAUCUUCAGAGAUGGCGCACCGUCCUGAGCAACUUGGUGCGGAAUUCGGAUUGGUAACGCACGUCGAGCCAUCGGUCCCGAAGUCGCCAUCCAGCAACAAGGUCGAGUCGCGACCAGACGAGGUCUUGGCCGGACACAACGUACCAUUCGAAAGCCCCGCGGGCGGAAGGCGUACGCCGCAAGCACCAAAGCCGGUAGACAAAAUGCUCCUGAAUAACCUAGAGGAAUCGGCAGCCUUGCCAUUGGUGGUCAUUCAGCACAUCCUCAACGGCUUGGUCAAAACUAGUCGCUUAAAAAUGGAAGUCAGCAAGAAAGUCGUCGAUUACCUGAGGCCAAAGGCGAAUUCUGCAACAAACGUUCAACUGAUGGACGUCCGCGACGCUUUUGAAGUCCUACUUUAA